AUGAAGCAGAAGUUAUUAAGUAAAUUAAAAAGACGAGUUUCGAAUGCCGGCGAUUCGAUGUCGGUGAAAUCUAUUAAAGAAGACGACGGUCAUAUUCCUAUUCCCAAUGAAAUAUAUAACUGGAAGAUCGUUUUGGUUGCACUUACAGCAGCGUCAGCAGCGAUCAUUAUAGGGUACGAUACUGGGUUUAUUGGAGGAACAGUCGAGUUAGAAAGUUUCCAAAAAGAAUUUGGAAUAGAUAAGAUGACUUCGAAUGAAAAAUCUUUGGUAAGUGCCAACGUUGUGUCUAUUUUCCAUGCUGGUGCCUUUUGGGGGGCCUUGCUGAUGUACCCAAUAGGAGAGUUAUGUGGUAGAAAAAUUGGGUUAAUUGUAUCUGGAUUCAUCUUGACGUUAGGAUGUGCCAUCUCAUUAAUCUCAAAUAGCGAAAGAGGAUUAGGAGCAAUAUAUGCUGGGAGAGUUUUGAGUGGUUUUGGAAUUGGGGGGUGUUCAGGAUUAGCACCAAUUUACAUUUCAGAAAUCAGUCCAGCAUCGAUUAGAGGUAAAUUAGUUGGGUGCUUCGAAUUAUCAUGGCAAGUAGGAGGUAUUAUUGGUUAUUGGAUUAACUAUGGUGUUCAAGAAAACCAACCAGUAUCCACUAGACAAUGGCUUAUACCGUUUGCGGUUCAACUAAUACCUGCUGGAACGUUCUGGAUAUUAACUUUUAUGAUUCCAGAGUCCCCAAGAUUUUUAGUUUCAAAAGGAAAGAUUGAAAAGGCAAGAAAGAACUUAGCUUUCUUAAGAAAUUUACCUGAAGAACAUGAAUAUUCGUUGCACGAAAUGGAUCUUUUUAUUGCAGAUUCUGAUAAGAAAGCUAGAAUAGGUACUGGGUUCUUUGCACCUAUGAAAGAAGUUGUUUCAAAUAAGAAACUUAUCUAUAGACUAGUAUUAUCCACAUCAUUAUUCCCCAUGCAAAAUGGAACUGGUAUAAAUGCCAUCACAUAUUAUUCUCCAACUGUUUUUAAAUCAUUAGGAAUGAAUGGUUCAAGUGCAGGUUUACUUUCGACCGGUAUUUUUGGUAUAAUAAAAGGGGUUUCAGCAUUAUUCUGGAUGUUCUUCAUCGUCGAUAAAUUGGGGCGUCGUUUUGCCUUGAUUGUAAUGUCAGUUCCAUUAUCACUCUGUAUGUGGUAUAUUGGUGCUUACGUUUAUGUUGCUGAUCCUGCCUCUAGGUUAGCUUCCGGAAACAUUCAAAUGGAUGCUGGAGGAAAAGCUGCACAAGGAUUGUUAUAUAUUUGGAGUGUAGCUUAUGCUAUGUCAUGGAAUGGUACCCCAUGGAUUAUAAACUCAGAAAUCUUUUCCCAAGAAGUCAGGACAUUCACAUCCGCUAUUAAUGCAGCUGCAAACUGGUUUUGGUCGUUCAUUAUGAGUAGAUUCACUGGAAAAGCCUUCGAAGCUACAUCAUAUGGAUUGUACUUUUUAUUUGCUGCAUGUAUGGUAUUAUUUCCAUGCGUAAUUUACAUGCUCUACCCGGAAACAAAGGAGGUGCCAUUAGAAGCCAUCGACUAUUUAUUUGAGGUUCCAGCAUGGAGAGCAAGAGACUACGCUAUGAAGAAAUUCGAACUCGAAUACGAGGGCCAGUACACAGCGGAGCCUACGAGUUCAGAGCAAUCCUUCCAUGAAGCCCAUUUUCCUGACAAACAGAAUUCAUAG